AUGGCUGUUAACAAGGCAACAACGAUAAAAGAGGCUAUAAAACGAUGGGAGGAGAAAACUGGACAUCACGCGUCAUCUGCAACAGAAGUCAGUCUUAUAUUUCAAUGGCCGCCAAUUGAGAAAAUGGACAAUACGUUAUCGUGUUUGACCCAUUGCGAGAAAUUAAGUUUAUCAACAAAUGUGAUCGAAAAGGUGACUGGAUUGAAUAGCUUGAAAAAAUUAAGAGUUUUGUCUUUGGGAAGGAAUUAUAUUAAAUCGUUCGCAGGAAUGGAAUGUUUAAGCGAUACUUUGGAAGAGUUAUGGAUAUCAUAUAAUUUGAUAGAAAAACUCAAAGGCAUCAACGUUUUGAGAAAUUUGAAAGUUUUAUACAUGAGUAACAAUUUGGUGAAAGAGUGGAGCGAAUUCAAUAAACUACAGGAACUCCCGAAUCUAGAUGACCUUUUGUUCGUUGGCAACCCUCUGUAUGACGCGUGCGAGCUUGACACUUGGCGCUCAGAGGCGGCGCGACGUUUGCCCAAUUUGAAGAAAUUAGACGGAGAAACUGUGCUACGGGACGACGAGCCACCGUUAACUGUUGCCGAUAUGCAGCCUGACGGCGGCGACGCUGUGGAGACUUUAGUUAGUGCGGAAACCAACGAUUAAAUAAUAAAGUUCCACUACGAAACAUUCUAUUCUUUAAAACACCAUUAUAUUAGCUUCACCCCUUUGUUUGUAUGUAACCUUAGGAUUCGAUUUUGAUCCACUUUAAAUGAACAGAC